GAGACGUUAGUGUCGGGGGACAGAACUGGAAGGAUGUCAUGAAGGAAACACCUGUUUUGGUAAGCUGAGAGAAAUGGGCCUGGGCCACUCCAAGCAUCAGCCUCGGGUGAUCAAAGUCACACCUUUACAAAGCCAAGAGGCGGAGACUCCCUCAACUGGCCCUGUGUUCUAUGCAUUAAAUCGGAACCCGGAAGAGAAGAACCCAUACCCAUUCUCGAGACUGCAGCACGAAAAUCCAGCUCUGGAAAGACAGCUACCACCUCUCCGAGAAACCUGGUAUGGAAGACAUCCUGCAGUAUCCAGGUCCAUGUAUCUUGACAUCCCACUGAAACAUGAAGAAUCAAGCAUUAUCAAAAGACAUCCACCCCGAAGAAUUCAAAAGCUUGACCCCAUUGACCUGCCACAAGUAAUUACCUCUGAGCGACUCCUGCGCCAGCGAGAAGCCAGAACAGGACACAAAGCAGAGCAGGAACCUGAGAAGAAAAUGCAGCUCCCAAUGUACACCUCUGGGAAGAGACAGUAUUUACAUAAGAUGCAAAUGCUGGAGCGGAACCAGAGAAGGCAGGAGGCCCAGAUGGAGUUGAUGAAGAGCCUUCAGAGUGCAGCAAGACUUGAUAUGCAAAAGGAGAAAGACCAUAAUGGCAAUAAAAUCACCCAAAGCUUGCCAAGGAGCAAUAGCUAUGACGUUAUCACCAUACUGCCUGACGAAACCAUAAACAGAGACCCAGGAAGUUCACAGGAUGAAGAAUUCUUGGACUAUCACAGAGAGAAUGACUAUUGUGUCCGGAAAAUUGGCAAAAUGGAAGCAUGGCUCCGUAAGCAAGACGCCCGAGGACAGUUUUCCUGGAGCAGCUCCAGCUACGACUCAGACGAGCUUGAGGAGGAUCCGAAGAGGCCGCAAGCACUCGUGAGGACCAGGACGGAGAGGGUCCCACUUUAUGAUGAGUUUUAUGACCAAGAAUGAGAAAGCUACUCACUGCCCAGACAGAGAGGAGUGGUUUGUUCGUUUUCAUCAAAAUCAUUCCUAUUUGCAUAUGAACCACUCAGGGGGAAGUAAUUUACAUCUGUCUUCUGGAGUCUCCUAGUUCAUGGGUUUGUCAUGUAUGCUCUAGGUCUAUGACUUAAAACUGAGGGGCUGAAACAAAGGUCACUUGUUCGUCUUACUUUUCUGUGGGUAGCUGGGCUCAGUGAGGCUGCUGUGUUGGUCUCUUCACAUAGCUUAUAUAAUCUGACAGCAGAUGGCAGCUCAGACUAGAGCCACAUAGAGGCUCAGUUACAACACUUUCUAUACAGUCCACACACUGUCUGUGCAGCAAGGUAGCAAAUUUUUCCUUUCAACCAGUCCGAUGCUUCUAACAUCAAAUAUUCCCGCUGGAGGAAGCUGGAGGACACAGAAUUGACGAAUGUCUAGUUGUUGAACCCACCCUGAACCACUUCCACCAUAACCUAUCAGUUAAUGCAAGUAAGUCACAGAUCAAAUGCUAGCAAAAUGAAGAGUCCACACAAGGGGACAGGUAGCAAAGGGGGUCCAUCCUGGGGACUUUAAACAACACCUUGCUUGUCAAACCUUGGAACUGGUUUUGCCUUUAGAAGCAUGGUGGUAGCCGGGCGGUAGUGGUGCACACCUUUAAUUCCAGCA